AUGGAAUCCCAGACAAAAGGACAUUGUGAGGCAAGCCAGAAGCCUAAUAACAGAGCAGAGCGCCUCCAAGAAAUUUAUAGAAGGACACCACGUCGAGAUCUCCUUAACCAUCAGUUGGAUGAAAGAAGGUAUUUCGAUUCUGGUGACUUUGCCCUUUCGCAAGCCCAGAGGGGUUCCGAUAUUGGAAAAAUCAAAACCGGAACCCAACACCCACGCCGGGAGAGUAUAUCUCAUCCAAGAGCUCCCAUGCCAGACUCUAGUAAUGCUGAUGAGAGCGCAAACAAGGGUCUGCAAGACCAGGAGAAAAGUAGCGAGCCACAGAAUCAGAGCCACCUCCACGAAAUGGCGCGCUCGGAGAAUGUGAAGCCGUAG